GGCCUAAUUUAGUGGCCUUCCUAAAUCCUUUUAAUUUUCAUAUCCUUUCAUUGAUCUUUUUAAUUUUCAUAUCCCUUCACGAUAUUUUUCCUCGUCUUCUUCCGUCCUGAUCGCGGGAGAUCGAAGAAUCACAGAUCCGAAGGAAAGCCGAUAGAAAUGAUUCACUUUGUACUUCUAAUUAGUCGACAGGGAAAAGUGAGAUUAACCAAAUGGUAUUCUCCAUAUUCUCAGAAAGAAAGAACUAAGGCCAUCCGUGAACUUAGCGGACUGAUUCUUCCACGAGGUCCAAAGCUUUGCAACUUUGUAGAGUGGAGAGGAUAUAAGGUUGUGUAUAGAAGAUAUGCCAGUCUUUACUUUUGCAUGUGCAUUGAUGCAGAAGAUAAUGAAUUAGAAAUACUUGAAAUCAUUCAUCAUUUUGUUGAGAUAUUGGACCGAUAUUUUGGCAGUGUUUGCGAACUUGAUUUAAUAUUCAAUUUUCAUAAGGCAUACUACAUAUUGGAUGAAAUUCUCAUUGCCGGUGAGCUUCAAGAGUCGAGCAAAAAGGCUGUUGCCCGUCUUAUAGCUGCACAGGACCAACUUGUGGAAGCAGCCAAGGAGCAGGCAAGUUCAAUAAGCAAUAUGAUUGCUCAAGCUACCAAAUAGAGCUCCUUCAGUCAUUGUAAGGCCUAUCAAACAUGACUGCCCUCCAACGUUUUCGAUCCCUUGCACUUUACUACAUGUUUUGGAUGAUUUAAUUCACAUUUCUCGAGCUUGAUGAGGUAAUCUUUUAAUGAGAGUCGUGCUUGUAGAAACUGCACUCAUUUUCAAGCUUAAAUUUCUGAAUAAUAGUUGAUGAAAGAUUGUCUACCA